GCGGCGGCGCUGCCGGCCCUUCGGCUCCCGCGCCCGGCCCCGGCGUCGGCCAUGCUCCCGAGCCCGGCCGCGGCGCGCCCCCCGGCCCCGUGAUGAGGAGCGGCGCCGAGCGCAGAGGCAGCAGCGCCGCGGCGCCCCCCGGCUCGCCGCCCGCCGGCCGCGCGCGCCCCCUCGGCGCCGACGCGCCCCUCGCCCAGCCGCCGCCCGCCGCCGGCCCGCCCAGGGCCCGGGACGCCGGCGAUGGCCGCGCGCAGCCGCGCCCCCUGUUCUCGUGGAGCAAGUGGAAGAAGAGGAUGGGCUCGUCCAUGUCGGCGGCCACGGCGCGCAGGCCGGUGUUUGACGACAAGGAGGACGUGAACUUUGACCACUUCCAGAUCCUUCGUGCCAUUGGGAAGGGCAGCUUUGGCAAGGUGUGCAUCGUGCAGAAGCGGGACACGGAGAAGAUGUACGCCAUGAAGUACAUGAACAAGCAGCAGUGCAUCGAGCGCGAUGAGGUGCGCAACGUCUUCCGGGAGCUGCAGAUCCUGCAGGAGGUGGAGCACGGCUUCCUGGUGAACCUGUGGUACUCCUUCCAGGAUGAGGAGGACAUGUUCAUGGUGGUGGAUCUGCUGCUGGGUGGGGACCUGCGCUACCAUCUGCAGCAGAAUGUGCAGUUCUCCGAGGACACCGUGCGGCUGUACGUGUGUGAGAUGGCACUGGCCCUCGACUACCUGCGCAGCCAGCGUAUCAUCCACAGGGACGUCAAGCCUGACAACAUCCUGUUGGACGAGCAAGGACACGCCCACCUGACUGACUUCAACAUUGCCACCAUUGUCAAGGAUGGGGAGAGGGCAACUGCACUGGCUGGCACAAAGCCUUACAUGGCUCCGGAGAUCUUCUAUUCCUUUGUCAACGGCGGAACAGGAUACUCGUUUGAGGUGGACUGGUGGUCGGUGGGAGUGAUGGCCUACGAGCUGCUACGGGGAUGGAGACCCUAUGACAUCCACUCGAGUAACGCCGUGGAGUCCCUGGUGCAGCUGUUUGGCACGGCGAGCGUGCAGUAUGCGCCCUCCUGGUCCAAGGGGACAGUGGCCCUGCUGCGCAAGCUCCUGACCGUGAACCCUGAGCACCGGCUUGCCAGCCUCCAGGACAUGCAGGCGGCGCCGGCCUUGGCUGAUGUGCUGUGGGAUGAGCUGAGCGAGAAGAAGGUGGAGCCGGGCUUUGUGCCCAACAAAGGCCGCCUGCACUGCGACCCCACCUUUGAGCUGGAGGAGAUGAUUCUGGAGUCCCGGCCCCUGCACAAGAAGAAGAAGCGGCUGGCCAAGAGCAAAUCCCGGGACAGCAGCCGGGACAGCUCCCAGUCGGAGAAUGACUAUCUCCAGGACUGCCUGGACGCCAUCCAGCAAGACUUUGUGAUCUUCAACAGGGAAAAGCUGAAGAGGAGCCAGGACCUGAUGAACGAGCCGGCCCCUGUCCCUGAGCCAGAGUCCGGGGCGGACAGCGAGGCGGAGCGCUCUGCCCUGCCCAUGUGCUCUCUGUGCCCCUCGGGCGGGAGCAGCUAGGCCCCAGGGCCAACUCGCCACAGGCUGGAGACCCGGCGCCGUCGUGGGAGGCCCAGCACUGCGUUCCUCAAUGGGGCCCUGGCCAUAUUUCACACCCAGGGUGCAUGGCGAUAGCAAGCCGUGGCUACAGCUGCCAGGAGCUGAGUGCCCAGGCAGGGCAGGCGGGGGCCAGGGAGGCCAGUGCCACCUGGCUCAGUCACCUGCAGUGUCCUCUCU